AAGGAGAGGGUGGGAGGGGAAGGCGGAUCUCCGAGGCUCUGGCUACAUUGCUGCUCCUGCAGGCAGCAGUCCCGCUGCCGGCGGCUCUGCGGGGGUCAUUUAAGAGCAUCCUCCGAGGCGUUGGGUCCACGUCCAGCUCACCGGGCUCCCGGCUUUCGGCCCUUCGCAGAGCAGCUGCAAGACGAGGAAAGUAGGUGGCAGAGGCCCCUCGUCUCUCUCCCCCCUCGGCAGGGCAACAUCAGACCCUGGGCAGCUCUUCCCCUGGACUCUCCAUCAGCUCCUGGCUUGACCUCCCCGCCGCGGCUCAUUUGGGGGGGCGGGGGUUAUAGGACCCAGAAAUCCCCAGCGUCAAGGCUCCUGGAGUGAAGGAAGAGGCUGAAUCCCAAGUGGGCUUUGCCGGAGGGGGGGCCGAUGGCACCGGGACUGUUACUGAGUCACGGGGGGUGAGAUCCCUGCCUCUCUGCCCCUGCCAGCCCGACCAAAGCCCCUCGCCUGUUUCCAGGGGGAGCCACUUGAGUCUCCAGCUGCUGCUGCUGCUGAAACUGACCGUCCCUCCGGCUUCUGCCUUCUCGGCAGGAGACUGACAGUCUUGAAAAAGUCAGACAAAAGGCACUCUGGCACCAUUAGUGCAGCUUUCAGGCAACUCAACAUUCUGCCCUUUGAAGGAUUUUUCUUUCCUUUUUGUUGGCAAAGAUGAGGAAAAAAUGGAGAUUGGAGGACUUUCGAUUUAUCUUUUCCUGUGUGCUCUGGCUCCUUUUCAUAGAUGGAGGUAAAUCGGAACAAAUAAAACAUUCAGAGACAUACUGUGUGUUUCAAGAUAAGAAGUACCGUGUAGGAGAAAGAUGGCAUCCCUACCUAGAACCCUAUGGACUCGUUUAUUGUGUUAACUGUCUUUGCUCAGAGAAUGGGAACGUAUUAUGCAGCAGAAUAAGAUGUCCAAGCCUACACUGCCCUACCCCAGUGCAUGUGCCACAGCUGUGCUGCCCACGAUGCCCAGAGGAUUCACUUUUCUCCAUAAGCAGUAAAAUCACUGGGAAAUCCUGUGAAUACAAUGGCACCACCUACCACCACGGGGAACUCUUUGUGGCAGAAGGGCUUUUUCAGAAUAGACAACCCAACCAGUGUGCUCAGUGCAGCUGCUCAGAAGGGAACGUGUAUUGUGGCCUGAAGACUUGCCCUAAAUUAACAUGCUCUUUCCCAGUUUUUGUUCCAGAGUCCUGCUGCCCAGUUUGCAGAGGAGAUGGAGAAUUAUCAUGGGAACAUUCUGAUGGGGAUAUCUUCCGGCAACCUGCCAACAGAGAAGUCAGGCAUUCAUACCAUCGCUCCCAUUACGACCUGUCCCCCAGCUCUACUAGACAGGUUGUCAACAUUCCACGAUUUUCCAGUGGCAGGAGUAACCGUGGAGUCCUACCUGACCCCCAGCAAGCUUCAGGAACUAUAGUACAGAUUGUCAUUAACAACAAGCAUAAGCACGGACGAGUCUGUGUUUCAAAUGGAAAAACAUACUCACAUGGUGAGUCGUGGCAUCCUAAUCUCCGGGCCUUCGGAAUUGUAGAGUGUGUGUUGUGUACCUGCAACAUCACCAAACAAGAAUGUAAGAAAAUUCAUUGUCCGGAUCAAUAUCCCUGCAAAUACCCUCAGAAAAUAGAAGGAAAAUGCUGUAAAGUCUGUCCAGAAGAGAUGCCAAGUCAGAGCUUUGACAGCAAAGAUUAUUUUUGUGGUGAAGAGAUGCUUCCUGUCUAUGAAUCUGUUUUCAUGGAGGAAGGAGAAACCAUUAGAAAAAUCGCAGUGGAAAUAGAAAAGCCACUUCAAAUAGAAAUACAUGUGUGGACAAUAAGGAAAGGGAUUCUACGUCACUUCCACACUGAGACGAUAUCCAAAAGCGAAUUUGAAGAACUUCCCUACUUCAAGCAGAUAACAAGGACAACACUGAGCCAGUGGAAAAUAUUUAGCGAGGGAGAAGCUCAGAUCAGUCAAAUGUGUGAAAGCAGAGUGUGCAGGACUGAGCUGGAGGAUUUGGUAAAGGUUUUGUACCUUGAAAAGUCUGAAAAGGGUCACUGUUAAGGGAGACAGCGCUGGAGGGAGAAAACAAGAAAACUUAUGAAAACGUGGAUCUGCAGCUGGACUGCAGGCUUGUUAUGCUUAAGUCAACAGUUGCCCUAAAAACCAAAACUAUAAUGCAGUAAUUAUUCACAUCAUGCACAGCAAACUUGCUGCUUUAUGUGUAGUGGUCUGUGUCAACCAUUUAAAUAUCUCCUCAAAAAGACUAGGAAGUUCUGUAUUGGUGGGGGGAGGGGAAAGGGAGACUGUAGUUCCUUGUAAAGUU